UUAUUACCCAGUUAUAACGCAACCAUGAAUAGCAUUUUUUUUCCCAAGAUGCAGUUCCAUCUAGCGACACUGGGAGCAGAGCUGAGAAUUUUCAGCUGCGUCACAGAACAGAGAGGAGAAACAGUCUGUGUCGACAGGUCUCUGAAAAUCAGCUGCAGCAACACACAGAGAAGAGAGAUCUGCGAAAGCCA